AUGGCCGACGAGCCGCGAGGCGAUGGCGACGACGCCGCGAACGACAAGAUCUCGAUCCGGCCCGAGUACGUCAUUCUUGUGCUCGGCGUGCGCGGGUCGAUUCAAAGCAACGUCGAGUUCUGCUCGGACGCGACCUUGCUCUUUCCGACGGCGCACCACCUCGGGCUCUACAACGUGGACCGCAAGACGAUGGAGUUCUUCCACCCGACGCGGGGCGUUCGGUCGGUCCAGAGCAUGUGCCUCUCCACGAACAAGGAGCUCCUCGUCGUCUGCGAACAGUCGGGCCCGCGCUUCUCCCGCAACAACAUUAGCGAUCAGCUCGGCGUGACACCCAACCAAAUCUCUAUUUACAAGGUGCUCACACGCGCUCGGCUCAAGACGCUGCCAUCGCAGUCGCACGCACCCAUCUUGUCGGUGGCCUUCUCGGCAGACAACAAGUGCCUCGUGACCCUUGAGGACGCGCCGACGCACCGUAUUGCCUAUUGGAAGUGGGCCACCUCCAAGCUUGUGGCCCACGCGCCGUGUCCGUCGCGAGGCACGCGCAUUCGCAUCUCGCCGUUCAAUCCCAACUUUGUGACCAUCUCGGGCCCGAUGGUGCUGCGGUCGUGGACGCUCACGACCGCCGCGGACUUGCGAAUGAGCAGCCUCGUGCCGCAGAUCCGCGAGCAAGAGCACUUUGUCGAUCACGUGUGGGUCCGGCAGUACCUCGUGACCAUCUCCGAAGUCGGGACGCUCCUUAUCUUCCAAGGCGCCGACGACGGCGUCGAGCUCGUGCACUCGACCAAGCUCAGCGCGCUCCAAGCCACGUUUCAGGUCGGCAAGGUGCAGACGAUCAGCGCCAGCGCCAAGGGCUUUGUCCUCGCGGGCACGUCCGGUCUCUUUAGCGUGUUUGAAUUCUCGGACGACCCGAAAGACCCGUUCAUUCUCAUUCGGUCCAUGUCGGCGGGCGACUUCGCCAUCGAAAGCGUCGCGAUCUCGCCCAACUGCGAGAGCGCGGUCGCGUACACCGACACGCAGCGACUCGUGACCUUUGCCAUGGGGUCCAUCGACGUCGUCCAAGACAGCACGACCGAAUUCCGCGACCUGAUUCCCAACGGCAUGCACGCAGGGGCCAUUCUGGCCGUCGACGUGUGCCUGCAAAAGCCGCUGCUUGUCUCGUGCGGCGUCGACAAGUCGCUGCGGUCAUGGAACUACCAUCUCGGGUCGUACGAGGUCGUGGCGAUGCUGACAGAAGAGCCGACGACGCUGAGCCUGCACCCCGCGGGCUUUCAAGUCGUCGUCGCCUUCAAGGAGCGCGUCCGCAUCUACAAUCUGAUCCAAGAAGGGCUUCGGGUGCUGCGGGAUUUUAGUAUGAAAGCGUGCAGCGUGCUUCGCUUCGCCAACGGCGGCCACAUGUUUGCGUGCGGUGCGGGCUUGACCGUGUACAUUUACCACACGUAUACGUGCGACCUGGCGUACACGCUCACGGGCCACAUCAACACGAUUCAGUGCUUGGCGUGGAGUGCCGACGACCUCCUGCUCUACUCGGCCGGCAACGACGGCACCACGUACUGCUGGAACGCGACCAACGGGAAUCGCUGCGAUGACAUGCAACUCGUGAUCAAGCACUGCAAGAUCACGGCCACUGUCGUCGACCAUCUCAACCCCAAGCUGGUAGCCAUCGCGGGCUCCGACGGCCAUCUGCGCGAAAUCGUCGCCGGCGACGAGACCAAGAGCUUGGACCUUGGCGUGCCACUUACCGCCCUCGCGCUCACCAAGUGGCUCUUUGUGGGAACGCGCACGGGGUGCAUCUAUGUGUUUCCAUGGCCCCUGGGCGCGCAAGCCGUGCCCAACCAAGAUCUGAGCGUGCACAGCGAGCCAAUCACGACGCUCCGCCUCACAGACGACGACCGCGUCCUGGCGAGUGCGUCCCAGGACGGGUGCCUCGUGCUCUUCAAAGUCGAUGAAAACAUGGUCGGGCUGCCCGAAGACGUGGCCCACCGCCCCAAAGCACUCGCGACCGACGCGGUUCUUGUCUCGCGCGAAGAAAUUGAGGACAAGAACGAGCAGCUCACCGACAUUUUGCAGAAAUACGAGCAAGUGAAAAGCGACAUGGACUUUUCGCUGCAUAGCAAGGAGAACGAGUGGCUCGACCGCAUGCGCCUCCUCAAGGACGAGUGCGAGCACUCGCUCGUCCAAGAGCGGAUCCGGUACACGCGCGAGAGGUUUGAAUCGUUGUCUCAGGAGAGUCCCUAUCGACUAGGUACGAAGAGCUCGAGAUGCGGUACCAGAGUGCGCUGCGCAAGCACAGUGAAGACUUUGCCCAGAAAGAGUCGAAUCAUGCCAAGUUUUCCCAGGUUUAUUUCACUUUUUCAUCGUUUAUUGUUUCAAAAGGGUACAACCUGGACAAACUUUCCUGUCGAGCUCAUCAAGCGCGUCAAAGACGACCUUUCCUACAACCACGUGAAAUUCGAGGAAAUUCUAAGUCAGCAAGAAGAAGACUACGAAUUCCAAAUCCAAAAGCUCAAGGCCGAGUACGAAGAGCAGUUGGCAGGCGAGCGCCAAAACACGGCCAUCAAGGAGACACAAAUCACGGGCAAAAACAGCAAGCUGGAUUCGCUCAAGAAGAAAAUUCAAGAGCUCAAAGCGAACGCGUCGGCGCGGGACAUCUUGCUCGCGACCGAGCGCGCCAAGACCGCCAAGCUCGAAGCCGCGCUCACCAACUACGAAAAGUACUUUGACGCGCUCCAAAAGAACAUUGACGAGAAGGAGAAGAACGUGCAGAGCUUGAAAGCAACCAACCACGUGCUCGAGAGCUUCCGCUUCGUGCUGGACAACCGGGUCGAAGAGCUCCAGAACGAGAAGGCGCCCAUGCAAAAGCUCAUCAUGGGGCUCGAAGCCCAUAUCCACGACGUCCAAGACGAGAUGGUCGAUGAGUUUCACCACAAGGACGUCAUGGACGAGACGCUCGCAGCGCGCGACAUCAAGAUCAAGGCGCUCACGAACGAAGUGAACGCGCUCCGGCUCCAGACGCGCAAGAAAGAGUCGACAAUUGGCGCCAUGACCCGCGAGUUUGCGCGCAUCGUGCUCAUUUCGAACCCGAAAGAGCUCGAACGGGCCGUCAAGGACGCGUACAUUGUGUACGUCAAGGGCGAAGCACCGAAAUCCAAAAAAUUCCAUACGACGUCCUCGAUCCUGAGCUCGCCCAGCAAGGUGGCACUGGCGGACGCGCCGCUGCUGGCGGACGACAACAAGGAGGUCGUCCAAGAGACGUGCAAGCAGCUGACACAUGAACCAGCUUCGGAAAAAAACAAGACGCUCGAACUCAAAGUGAAGGAGCUCGAGAGCGCCUUGUAUCUGGCCGAGACCGCCAAGAAAAAGCGCGCGGCGCAGUCGCCAGCGGCCAAGCUCUCGCCCCUCUUGCGCAAGGCCUCGUCGGCGGCGGCCAUCGCGUCGCCGGGGCGGCUCGUCGUCGGCAGCGUCUUGCCCUUCACUGCGAUUGAGCGCGAGCGUGACCUGCAUAAAGUGGCGUCAAUGCCGGCCGUCCACGAGUACCAAGCAAAGAUCGACAAGCAAACGCGCGAGAUUCAGCGCCUCAAGACCCAAGUCCAGCUCCUUUUGGAAAAGGAAGCGACCAAACAGGACGCGGAUCCGGCCCAAGGGGUGGGCAGCCUCAUGCUGCCGACGUACCCAGAGCCCCCGUCGCUCGCGACGAGUCCGACGGCGGCGCAGACGAUCCACAGUAUCUCGCGGAAAACCGACUCGACGUUUAGCUUUUUAGCCAUGCAGCCAUUGCCCAACAACGACGAUGACGACAAUUAUGGUUAUGGCGACCACGCUAAUACCGCCAGUCCGUCUUAA